CUGUUGUACUUCCGUGGUUGGCGCAGCUGCUCCAGAGGAAGAGGAAGGAGCAUGUAGCCGUAGCAUGAGCGCCCCUGGCCCCAGCUCCAGCGGUGUGGACUUUUCUACAAACAGCGACUGGACGGAGUGCUACUUAUGCUGCUGGCACAAUGGCUAUGUGGAUCCAAGCCCAGCAACUGCAAGGUGAUGCAUUACACCAGAUGCAAGCCCUGUAUGGACAGCACUUUCCCAUUGAGGUGCGACACUACCUGGCUCAGUGGAUUGAAAACCAGCUAUGGGAUUCGGUAGAGUUGGAAAACCCCGGAGAGGAGGUCAAAGCCAAGCGAUUGCUGGACAGUCUUGUGGCAGAGCUCCAGAAGAAGGCUCAGCUUCAGGGAGGAGAGGAUGGUUUUCUACUCAAGAUUAAACUCGGUCACUAUGCCAACCAGUUAAAGAGCACAUAUGACCGCUGUCCAUUGGAGCUUGUGCGCUGUAUUCGACACAUCUUGCAGUCGGAGAAGAGGCUAGUUCAAGAUGCUACAAAUGCGAGUUCUGGUGCAGAGGGUCAGUCCAUGGAUACGCUGUCCCAGCGCCAUCAGCAGAUCAACCAGGCCUUUGAGGAGCUGCGGCUGGCCACUCAAGAGACUGAAAAUGAGCUCAGGAAGCUUCAGCACAGCCAGGAGUACUUUAUCAUUCAAUAUCAAGAGAACCUUCGCAUUCAAGCUCAGAUAAGCAGCCUUGCCUCCCUGCCAGCCGCUGAGCGCACUCAGAGAGAGCCGGCCCUCCAGAGUAAGAGAGCCACAGUGGAGUCCUGGCUCACCAGAGAGGCCAGCACGCUCCAGAAAUACAGACUUGAUCUGUCCGAGCAACACCAGAAGACCUUGACUCUCUUGAGAAAACAGCAGACGCUAAUUCUGGAUGAGGAGCUCAUCCAGUGGAAGAGAAGACAGCAGCUGGCCGGCAAUGGCGGUCCACACGAAGGGGGCCUGGAUGUACUUCAGUCCUGGUGUGAGAAACUGGCUGACCUCAUCUGGCAGAACAGGCAGCAGAUCCGUCGCUGUGAACACCUGACGCAGCAGCUGCCUCUGCCUGGCCCCAUGGAAGAGCUACUGAUCAAACUCAACGCUGAUAUCACAGACAUCAUUUCGGCGCUUGUCACAAGCACAUUCAUCAUUGAAAAGCAGCCACCCCAGGUGUUAAAGACUCAGACCAAGUUUGCAGCCACUGUGCGCCUCCUAGUGGGUGGAAAACUAAAUGUCCACAUGAAUCCACCUCAGGUCAAAGCUGUAAUUGUGAGUGAGCAGCAGGCCAAAGCGCUGUUAAAGAAUGAAAGCACACACAGUGAAAGCAGUGGAGAGAUCCUGAACAACAACUGUGUGAUGGAGUAUCACCAGGCCACAGGGACGCUCAGUGCUCACUUCAGAAACAUGUCCCUAAAGAGGAUCAAACGCUCAGAUCGCCGCGGUGCUGAGUCAGUCACAGAGGAGAAGUUCACCGUCCUGUUUGAAUCGCAGUUUAGUGUUGGGGGCAAUGAACUUGUCUUCCAUGUCAAGACUUUGUCUUUACCAGUGGUGGUGAUAGUUCAUGGUAGCCAAGACAACAACGCCACAGCUACAGUCCUGUGGGACAACGCCUUUGCUGAGCCAGGUCGGGUGCCUUUCAUUGUCCCAGACAAAGUACUGUGGUCACAGCUUUGUGAGGCUCUGGACAUGAAGUACAAGGCGGAGAUGCACAGCACGCGAGGCCUGUCUGAGGAUAACCUGGUGUUUUUGGCUCAAAAGGCGUUCAGCAGCACUAGUAACAAUCCUGAAGACUUUCGCAACAUGACCAUGUCCUGGGCCCAGUUCAACAGGGAGAGCUUGCCUGGACGCAACUUUACCUUUUGGCAAUGGUUUGAUGGAGUUGUUGAGCUCAUGAAAAAGCACCUAAAGCCUCACUGGAAUGAUGGGGCCAUCUUGGGCUUUGUCAACAAGCAGCAGGCUCAGGACAUGCUUCUGUCCAAACCCAAUGGGACAUUUCUGCUUCGCUUUAGUGACUCAGAGAUUGGAGGCAUCACCAUUGCCUGGGUAGCUGAGAACCCCAACAAAUCAGGGGAGAGGCUGGUCUGGAAUCUACUGCCUUACACCACCAGGGACUUCACCAUUCGUUCACUCGCUGACCGCAUCAGUGACCUCAAUCACCUGCUGUUUCUGUAUCCGGAUAAACCUAAAAACGAAGUGUUUGCUAAGUACUACACCCCCCCCCUUUCUAAAGCACCUGUUGAUGGAUAUGUCAAACCGCAGAUCAAACAGGUUGUUCCAGAAUUUACCAGCCCCAACCCUGAACCUCCCUCCUUCAUGGACCAGACUACAUCUCCUUCUUCCAGCCACCCAAGCAGCUUCACCGUUUACCCCUCCAUGAGUGAGGCCAUGCUGGACGCUGACGGAGACUUUGACCUGGAGGACACGAUGGAUGUGGCUCGUCAUGUGGAGGAGCUGCUUCGUCGGCCUAUGGCAAGCCAAUGGGGAAACCAGCAGACCUGAGGACCUCCACAUACUUUAUGUCAAGGGCGAGUGCUGGGGCCACUGAUGCCUUUUAAAAACACAACUGUUUGUAAUAAUGUGCCUGGUUUGACCCAGUCCUGUUAUCCUCUCUCAGGGCUUUGUCAUUAAUUUGUUAAAAGGUUUUGGUCAUUGCUGCAUUUUUUGUGUGAGAUAUUCUAAUUAUGCUUUACACUUGUGAGUUGGGAACAAUCUACAUUUAUAAGAUUCCUAUUUUUCCAUAUAGCAUCUUAUAUAUUAAUAUAUACUAAAUGUCAAUGCAUAGUGGGGCUUGCUUGUACUAGGGUAAAUAUUACUCUUUGUUCCUGUUUAUGACCAUGUAAUUUAGUCGGUCAGUACUGUUCUGAUGAACUUAAAGAAAAUGGCAAAUCCCAAAAGACCUGUUAUUCAUCAAGUUGUAAUUUAGCUUUAAGGAAAAAUAUACAGGUUGCAAUUGGCAUUUAUUUCUAUCCACUACAUUUUCCUUGCGCAAUUUUAUAUGCCCUGAAAUAUAAAUACAUUCAUAUCAAAUAUGGGUUUUGAGAAAUUUAUAUGAAAAUAUUUUGCCGUCCGCUUGGUUCAGUGUAAAUGUAUGAAUGCCUUCUUGCCCUGCAAGUAUUUUUCUGUUUCAGAAUGCCUUUUUAAAACCCAAUGUUUGUGCCUGAACUAUUGAUAACUGGGUUAGUAUUAUCAGGUUUUUAAUUUAUCCAAUUAAAAUAUUGAAAGUAAUGUCCAACUAUUGCAGCAACCCAUGCCAAUUAUUAGCAUUUUACAUAUUAAAAAAGCUUAUUGUAUGAAAGGCAUAAUCAGUUUAAUGGACUAAUUUACCUUUUGUCAAAAUACAAAGAUGUGCCAGAAAACAGGCUGAAUUUUUUACAUACACAGACCAGGAGUGUAGUCAUUGUAAAAUGUUUGCGCUCUUGACAUGGUAGGGCCAAUGAGACGUAAGUCGGCCUGAUGAAAUCUCUGGAUCAUCAAAAAAAAAAAUCUAACAUUUCUUGAAUCAAUUGCUUGUGUGCACUUGAGAUGCUUAUGCUUGUAUGAAUAUAGAUAUGCCUGUGCCUUGUUACUAAUGGAAACUAACGGGCAGAAACACUGGGAUCAUUUCUACAGUUCAACAUUCUGUCAAAGUCUAUGUAAGACUUGCACAUACAAAGUAACAGUGAAUGUGGCUAACCUCAGGAAAUCACACUAUGGCAGCCUCUGGAAAUCUCUCUGUAAUCAGGUCCAUUCUAAUUAAGCCAAAAAAAAGUUGUAUUGUUUCUUAUUUCAGUGCUUUUGCCUUGUGCUUUAGUGUAAACCUAUGUUGUUUACUUCUAACUUAAAGUUGAUCUCACCAGCAGAUCCCUGUUGUCCAGUUUGUGUGGUGUAUAGCUAUGUGGAACUGUUUUAUUUUGAUAAACACUUUUAUAUGAAA